GACGCCGCGCGCAGAGCCUCCGCGCAGGUAGCGCCGCCCGCCAGUCCGAGACAUGCGCCCUGCGCGCGCCCGCGUUGUGCCGUCGUACAUACGGUCACGCAUAACCUGCUUUUCAAAAACAACAUCACAUAAACGACAGUUUCCGUCCAAGUUAACAUAACUUCCACAAAAAACAGUUAAUAGUGUUCACAAACUGUGUUUGACAAGUGCUUUUCGUUGAUACAAAGAACUACGGUUGAUUUAAUUGCGCGAAUGCCACGCUCUACAGCCUGCGCAGCCGGCGGCGCUCCCCACCUCUAUACAUACAAGGACCAAUCGUUGAACUUAUGCCGUCUCGUCUUUCGCAUCUACGUGAUCUGCAAGAUUCGGAAAUGAGCCCCGAAAUCACAAUGCGAUGUAUUGACUAAGCUGGUAACCGAAAACAUCGGUUCCAACGACAAUGUCAAUCAAUCAGAAUGCAGCCCAAUUUAAUAAACAGAAGCAGCAACUAGGUAAACAGGGCCCGGAACCGGUCAACUUUCCACCGCGUUAUCAUCCGCCUCCUCUAGCCGCGAGCGGGCCCAAGCUAGCCACUAUCGAUCCGAACGCCAAGGAGUACAAGCCACCUUACGCAGGCAAAUCUAUCGAUCCAAACAAACCACAGUACCCCAUUGGAGCCCAUGGUUCGGUUCCUGGUCCAUACAGUGGCGGAAAUAUUCAAUUUAUAAAGUAUCCUCAAGGGCCAGGAUACCCGCAAGGAUAUCCUCAACCACCGGGAGCUCUUCGCAUGCCUCGAUCCUCAGGCGAGGUAGUAACGAAAGCUGUAGUCCACGAGCCCGUCGAGCCAGCUGCACGAGCAAGGAGUGCAGACGACAUUCAACGAGCGCAGCGCAAUAUCGAAGACGAACAGAUACACAGAAGAUCUGCUGACAUGCUGAAGUUUACUAAACGCGUAGAACCCGAAGGACCUCGAGCUUCAACAGACCAGAAAAGGCAGAUUCAAGCGCUUUUACAACAGAUAAAAGCACUGAAAGAAGCUAAUAGACGUCUGAGCGAUGACAAUCAGGAACUAAGAGAUUUAUGUUGUUUCUUAGAUGAUGAUCGACAGAAGGGUAGAAAAUUAGCUCGAGAAUGGCAACGCUUUGGAAGAUACACAGCAUCUGUAAUGCGACAGGAGGUAUCUGCUUAUCAGAACAAGUUGCGGCAGUUAGACGACAAGCAGCAAGAGUUAAUUCGUGAUAAUUUAGAGUUAAAGGAAUUGUGUUUGUAUUUAGACGAAGAACGGGAGAGGAGUACAUGUGUGAAUUGCGGACGUGCGGCAGGAAGAGAGAGGGACGACGGUGACGGCAGCAGCAGUGGCACUAAUGCCGAGGAAGGAUCGCGUCCGGCACCGACAAUACCGAUCACGCAUCCUCAGCUUGCCGAACGAACUGUACAAUACGUCAGAGAUUUGGAGCAAAAAGUUCGGCGACUAGAGGCCGAAAAAGGUCUUGGAAAUGGUGGAAACGAACGUCCUGAAGCUGUAGUGCGAGCAUUGCAGGUUUUAGAAGUUAGGGAGCGUGUGGAACGAGAGCGAAGAAGGCCAGCCCCUGAUCUAGAUUCUGGAGAGCAGGCUCUAGUGCGAGAAAUGUGCAACGUUGUGUGGGGCAAGUUGGAGGAUGCACCGCCGCAAGCCCCGCCGCGCUAGCACAUAACAUAAACAAUAAACAGUUAACGUUUACUAGUUUUGUGUCAAAGUGGUGUUUCCAUCGAAAGAGGUGAACGAGUAAAUAAAAAGUUGUUCAAAAUAAAACGCAGAUGGAAUUCGACUUGAUUGAGGUCAUCCAUCCGCUGUCUCGUGACCUAAAGAGCAGAACUGUGUCGAACAUAUAAAAGCACAUAAACAUAGUUAUAGUUAUAGUGUGAAGGGCCUUAGAGACGAAUGUGAUGUAUAACUUGCCACGAUAGAACCACGUAGCCGGAACCCGAAAAGUACAAAAUUACUUUAUGAGUUGUAGCUGUAGUACAUUAGAUUUAGUGUUAAAUCUCGUCUUUAAGUCGACAAAUGUUUGAUUUUUCUCUUCUUGCUUAAUUGUUAUGAAUAAUUAUUAAUUUUAUGGAAAAUAUUGGAGAAACUAAUUAAUUAUGAGGCUAUAACUACAUUAAUAUUAUUGUCUGUGAUUUUCCUGAGGGCUGGAAUAAUGAUCAAGAAUUUCUUAACGAUGCUCAUUGCGAUAGCAACUGUCACUUGCCUUAAUGUUCCUCUGUAUUUUAAAUCUGUUUCGCUGUCCUUCUAUAUGCCUAACUAUUGCCUAGAUCUAGUCAGUCAAUAACUCACUUGGUUUAAUGUUUUAGAGACAAAGUUAUCCCAGCUCACUAAACUUGUCCAUUUGCGUAGCUUGCUUCAAUUUUGAUUAUAUUAUGUUAUUAAUUUAUUCAGACUUGGGUGUGUAAGAAAUAAAGCUAUUUCUGUUUA